CAAUAUACCAGCAACAGUCUCAACCACAAGAAGUUUUGAAACCACAACGAAAUCGCCACAAUUUAAGGAUGAAGAUAAGAGUACCAUAAGUUGGAGUGGACAUGACAUCAACAAAGUACCAGGAACGAUUUCUACUCAAGGAACUUUUGAAACUACAACAAAAUCAUCACAAUAAGGAUGAAGAUGCGAGUACCGUAAGUUGGAGAAAUGUGAUAAUAAUAAAUGAAUCAACAAAGAAAUCCGAGGAUGAAUUAACUACAUCAUAUAAAGAUGAAGAUAAUGGAAGUACCACCAACGUACCAUAUGUUACCAAUAAUGAUCAGAAUACCUCGGACAUAUCAACUGAAGGGAUUAACAAAGGAACAUCGAAAGAAUUUAUCCUUGAAGGAGUGAUUGACCAAAGUACGGAUGAAAGCACUACUACAGAAAAUGAUGCAUACUUAACAACUACUGAAUCUAUCGAUACUGGAAUCAAUGAUACCUUAUUCUACCGUGACGUUAUUGCCACAGAAGUCACAAAGAAUAUUAAAGAAAGCACAACCACAGCUGUUCCACCCUUGCCAACUACUUCAAUAUACACUUCUCACCCAACAUACUAUGGGAACUACCGGUAUCCAUCAUUUUCUACAACGGAAGAUGAAAAUUCAAGCACCGAAGAAAGUACUUCCGAAAACAUUUUAUCAACAGCAAGGAUCCCACUCUUACGAUCACUUAGUGGAAGUCCUUACAGCACUGGCACAACAGAUACAGCAAAUUUGGAAAGUACAACUAAUACUUUCCGAAAAAUUCACUACAAAGGGGAUACCACAGAACGUAUAACAACAGGAGGAACUUUCGGAACUGAAAAUGAUUCAAGUACAACCGAUUUAUUUAGAUCUACAACGAAAUCUGGGCGCUUGACACGCACAACUGAUGCUUACCAUAAAAAUAAUUACGCUGACAGUACCACGGAAGAUAUGACGUCAGCUUCUGAAAUGAAAUCGACUUAUAACGAAUACGAUACGACUGAUGUACAAGAAGCUACGGGUGAUUACCAGAGAAGUAAUUACAAAUACGCAAGCAAUUUGCUUACAAAAGAUAUCACGACCGAAUCUUGGGAUUCGUCAACCGAGACGGAAACUGUCAGCAUUCUCAAUAUGACAUAUACGCAAACCACUACGUCUGUGCCUCUAACAACGACAGAACGGAAAAAUCCCUUCACUUCACAACCAAUGAAAGCUACUACACCACCUUCCGCUCCUCAAGCUUGCGCUUCAAAGGUAUGCAAGAACACCGCGUCAAAAUUAUUGUAUCUAAUGAACCACGAUGAUGACGAUAGUUGUGAGAACUUUUUCGAUUUCGCUUGCGGAGGUCAGAAAAUCGACGAAGAGUAUCCGAAGAGGAAGAACCUCAAGAUGUUAAUCAACUAUCUGGACAGGAUAAAUGGUUCCGCCCAUAAGUAUUUGAUGGAUUUUAAGACGUUCUAUGGUAGUUGUGUGAAGCACGAACAGAGUUUCAAGUUCAUGCCAAGACUGGAAUUCCUGAUCACUAGCCCAAAUAUGAGUCUAACCGAGCUAUUUGCUGAACUAAUUUUGACUCAGUCUAUGCCAUUAUUUGACAUUGGAGUAGAUAAUAAAAUGGAUAGUUACAUAUUCGAGAUUACCCUUCCGGGAAAGAGUUCUUUAAAGAAUAGCGUCCAGGGCUGGUCAUUGAUGGAUCAAAUUAGGAAGGAAUGCUUAGACACGCUCAAAUUGUCAAAGAGAAAGCCUGAGAUAAAUUUGGACAAAGAAUAUUCGUCACUGCAGAUUUGUCAGAGGGAGCGUUUUAAAAAUAUCGCUGAAGAUUUUGUAGAAGAAAUAAAACGGUUUUUGGAUUAUAGUCCUGUAUUCAAUGAGACAAACCUAGAGAAUCUACUCUCCGUGAUGGACUGGAUCCAGCGUUCCUUGCCCGAGGAAUAUGACAUUCAGCAAACGCUGAUCGACAAGGACUAUGGAAUGUCAUCAAUUGAGGGCCUAAAAAGUGCGAUCGAUUCUAGUUUCGUUGAAUGGGAAGCAAUUUUCAGAAAGAUAACAUUCCAAGGAGCUUCAGAUAGAACUCUUAUCGUAUAUUUCAAGAAUUAUUUGGAAUCGCUGUUCAAGAUGUUGACGAAUAAAUUUAAUAAAUGGGAACUUUUUGACAUGCUCUGGCUUUACUCGAGGCUGCAACUCUACGUGAACACGGUCGUUUCGAAGGAACGGGAGGACCGCGAGAUGUACUGCAUGGAUUUGGCCAAGCAGAUCAUGCCCAAUACUGUUUCCGUCAUAACCUACAAGGUGACGGGUGACCAGACAUUUGCGACCUAUAAAGUCCAAAGCUUUUUCGAAAAACUCAAGCAGAAACUGACGGAGUCGAUACAAAAUUCGAAAUUGGAGGACGCCACUAAGGACAUGUUGCAGGAAAGGCUAAAAAAAGUUUCCUUGGGGAUGAUAACGACUGGGGACCAUACCGCCGCUAUCAAUAACAAUCAGGUCCUCACCUUAACGGAGAAUGAUUAUCAGGCGAACGUUGUGGAAUCCUUGAGGAAUUACAGAAGAAUCGUGUAUUCUCUGGCUGGUACAGAAGCUACUCCUGCCUCUUUGCUGAGAUAUUUUGUGGACCCAUUCUCCACCAGACCGAAAUUGUUCGAAGCUAGAAACGUUAUCGUUGCUCAGGCGGCCUUCAUCAAAAAAUACGCGUUAAGGGUACCGAAACAUAUCAGUUUCGCCACGAUCGGCAUGCACCUCAGUCGAGAACUGGCGAACGUGGUGACCAAUGGAACUAUCCGGGAGAAGCAGUACUACCAGGAUUUAAUGACGUACACCAAGGAUCUGCUAAUUAUCUACGCCAACUACACCUAUAAUGUCCAAGGCAGUACAGUUUUCUUCAACAUUACUCAAAAUCUGUGGAUAAACCAGAUGAUAGUAGACAACACUGCUUUUAAAUUAACUCUCAAUUGCUUCAAUGAACUUGGGGGUUUCGAUAAACCCAAUGUGUCUAGCCUUCCCUGGAUGGUUAGCGAUUACCCAGUAAAUAAAGAAUUCUUCAUAGCAGCGGCACAAGAAUACUGCCGAGAGUACUCCCCGCUUGAUUUCAUGGAAGAUUUAUAUGUAACGGGAAAUCUUCCUCCUCCGCUCAGGGUCCAGAACUUUUUGAGCAACAGUGAGGAAUUUGCCACGGUAUUUAACUGCCCCGAAGGCAGCCCGAUGGCUGUUCAGAAAGAAAUGAUAGCGCAGUUUCCUAACCUAGAUUACUCUUACGACUAUAGUGGUAUCAGUAAUUAAAUUAUUUAAAUAAAUUAUCUUUUAUUCGAAA